UAUUAUAUUAUGCACAUCUUAGUGUGUCUAAGAGACUGUACAUGUCACAUGGAACAUUAAAUUCCCGCUAAAAUAAAACUCCAGUAUAGUUAGUAACUUGGUAUCAUUCACUGCUGUGGGUCGUAUUGUUCUUCAGCUUAUUCCUUCACUCAAAAGGCUUUUGAAAAGAAUAGGCCAGCCAUGGCAACCACCAUCAACUAAGGCUUACAGUGCAUUUCUAUCAAGCCUGUUGUGGAGAAAAAACAUAGCUGCUACAUUGCUUUACUGGAGGAUCUACUAUAACAACUUGAAUCUCAUAUCAUAUCUGCGAUACGUAAGCAAUCACACUGAAGUGCAAAGUAAUGGCCACACAGAAAAGACCCCUUACAAAGCUGUUAUGGCCACUACCUCCUCUUGGUCAUGAUUUCCGAGUUGGACUGCUGCAUCUUAAGAAUGGUCAAAGGAUAAAGCCCUUGCAAGCAUUCCCUCAGGUGGGGGAACUUCCUGCUGUGGCAGGUUUAUUGCUUUACCCAGAUAAGUGUGAGAAGAUGGUAACAACAUCAGAGAUAGCAUUUGGCCCCAAACCCUAUGCCAGGACUGAACCAAAGAAGAUACUGAAGUGCAAUCUGAUUCUGGAGGGGGAUCAAAGCUACAUAACAACCAACCAAGAGGCUUUUCGAGCUCAGGCUUUAUACAGUGAUCCACUGAUGAUGACGGGAAAAAGCCUAGCAAGACGCGAGAGGACUCCAACAACACACUACCAAACACACUACCAACAGAGCUUCGUCCAACCACAGUGUAUUUAUGGGAGAAGACUUCAAGCCCUGCCCCGCCCUGAUAACCUUGCAAUCAACCCAGCACUGAGGGCUGACUUUAAGACAGUCCAAAUGGCAACCUACCCAGGAUGGGACAUCUCUCUUCAUUCUCGUCCUCUUCCGGCUCAACGGAAGGAGCAGUUGUCGCUUAUUGAAACGACACCCAAACUGCUUCUGCCAGAAUCUCUUGCGAAAGCGGCAGAUGAUCUGAAAACGUCCGGGUUGCCCAUCAGAACCACAGAAUGGAGAAAAUUGGACAACUCACCACAGCAGCUUUUCCAAAAUCGCUAUCAGAUCUAG